GGAAGGCCAUGCUUCAUCUCAGAGGGCUGACUGUUGACCCACCUCCAUGAGCCAAGAAUAGACCGGCAGAAAGAGGUUCACUGCUCCGAGAUCGGGGGAUACUCUUGAAUUAACUAGAUCAGUUGCAGAACAAACCAGAAUGUUUAGGUUUUAGCUUUACUAGCCUUUUAUUUAAAAUGAUGUUUCUAUUGGCAUGUGGCAUGUACUAAAUCUGUUCUAAAUCUCUGUUUGUGCUGUUUAAGGGCACAAGACUGUGAGAACUGAGGCAGGGAGAGGGAGACGAGCCCGUGGUACGUGAGCUUAACUGACUGUUCUGUCCUCUCUUUUUCCAUUGUACAGUGGCUGUUUUGAAUUCUUUGGGGGGCUUGCCUUACCUUAUAUGGAGGAUUUGCUGUACCAUUCCAAAUAUGUGAUUUGAGCAGUGGUUGUGCCAGAGGUGUAUUGCAUCUUUAGCCCUUUAGAGUUUUGACACUUAAAUAACAUCUAGCACAGGCAGUAUUAAAAGUGUUUGGAAUGGGUUAACUUAGAUCCAGACAACACUCUGUCGGUGAGAUGAAUGCUUUCAGGCAAUAUCUUAUGAUACUCUUUGAAUGGAUAUGCUCAUGGCUGAAAUAUGGUCUUACAAGACUUUGGAGAGAUUUUCCAAUAGUCAAUACUUGGAUAGCUUCCCCAGGUAUCACAGAUAGGCAAACAUGUCAAGAAUACUCAGAAGAGUGGAAAACCAAUGAGGCCCUCCGCACAUAUCACCUUGGAGAUGGAGGUAAAACCAUGGUUACAGUCCAAACCAGUACACAUGCUUUCCAUGUGGACCUUGGAAAACUUUCAGAGAGCAGCGAGUACUUCAGGGCCUUGUCCCAUUCCAGAAUGAGAGAGACCUCAGAGAGCCUCAUCCACCUGGACCAUGUGUCCUCCGCUGUCUUCUAUAAUCUCCUUGAGUUCUCCUUCCAUAACAAUUUUAAAGUGCCUCGGGAAGAGUUGGGCACACACAUCCAGGUCAGCAGCUACCUCCUGACUGAGGCUUUCCUCUCAAAGUGCCUGUCAGUUCUGGCAGAUGAGCUCAGGCCAGAUAACUGUUUAUCCUACCUGAAUCUGGCUCAGGAGAUCUGUUGUGCAGAGCUGAAGAUGACAGUGCUCACCUACCUGAGUAGAAACGUGAUGGAGCUGUCAUUUCUCACCAGGUGUCUGAAUGAAGAGGAGAAGGAUGAGGUUGUCAACCUGAGGGCACGAGGAGACCGACAUCUCUGCAGCCUCAGGAAAGAGAACCUUACCUCCUGGAAAGAUCCAGAGACAGAAUGUGCACGGCAUGUCUUCAUCCUAAAAGGGUCACAGGACAAUGAAGACUGGCAUCCAGUUACAGAGUUUCCUUUCAGGGCUGAUAAGUGGUGCUUCACUGCAGUGGUUCUGUAUAACUACUUGUACAUCAUAGGAGGCUACAGGCAACGUAUGAAGAGAGGGUGGGAGUUCAAGAUGGCUUCCUUUAGGUAUAAUCCCUUCACUCAUACAUGGGUCUCCACAGCUCCUCUGAUUAAGCACAGACGACACUUCAGUGCAGUGGCCUGUGAGGGCUGUAUUUACGCUGUAGGAGGCUGGUACUUGGAUUCCCUGGUGACUCCAGACUCCAGCACAGCUCUGUACACAGCUGUGGAAUGCUAUGAUCCCUGGGAGGACACGUGGAGGUUCGUCUCCUCACUGCCAUUCACUGACUUCCAGUUCACUGUGUCUUUGUCCCAUGACGUGCCCCUUGCUACUAGCCUGGGACACUGCCUUUAUGUGUUGGGGAGCAUCCAGAGGACUGGAGAGAAACUGCUGCUGCAGUAUAACACGAGGCAAGACUCCUGGUGUGAACUGCUUCCCACCCUCACCAGAGCAGAUGCAGACCUCCCCACUCUUUACUUCCUGGGUGUCACCGACAGGCUGCUUGUGAUAGGUGGAAAUAACUCAGAAAACAUUGUGACAUCGUUCUGUGUGCAAUCACAGAAAUGGGGACAGGUGCACAGGGCUGAGAAAGUGGCAUUUGCAGGACAGGGGACAGUUGCAGGAGACGAGGUCCUGAUGCCAAGUAUCGAACACAACACGGUUAUAAAGAUAGAUCUCCAAACUCUCUCCCUCAGAGCUCUUCCUCCUCCACCAGUCUCCACCCGCUAUGAAGCCAUCUUUUAUCUUCACUUCUAAUGUUAUGGUUUGCUCCUUUGCAAUAUUGUACAUUAUAUGACUGUUUUUGUGGCUGAAUGUAAUAGGACUUGAGCUCCAGUCCAGGCCUGGAGCACAAUAUUUAUUAUCUUGUUUGUUGUUGGAUUUGAAAGCUGUGGUGGUAUGACCUAAACUCAUGCAACUGGUCACACAAUUAAUAUUAUGCCUCUUUGAUAAACAGCAUUAGGUCCCAUUUUCUGACCCUCUAAUCAAAGCAAAGUCAUGACACUUGAAUCUGCUGAUAAUUUCACCCCCAGACAAAGAGUAUUAUGCUGCCAUUCUUAUCGCAUGAUUACAUUCAUAUUAUCAUUCUGGAGAAGUGCUUGUACUCUCUGCAGCUGAAAAGGAAAUGUCACAUUCCUCUCAGUUACGUCCUAACACAGCACAGCAACAGAUUCAGUUACACAGCAGAGAUCUCGUGGCACAUGAGAUUAAACU